GACUCGGCGCGGGUCAGCUGAUAUAAAGUCGGCUCCGUUUUUUUCGACAACAAGCUCAGUCACUGCUGUUGGUUCUGGUUCUGAUUCUGGCACAAUGAGGAGCCUGGCCGUGUUAGUGCUGGCGGCGUUAGCGUUCACGAACGACGCCCUGGUUCGAAUUCCCUUAAAGAAAUUCCGUUCGAUCCGCCGCGAGCUCACCGACUCGGGAAGGAGUGCGGAGGAGCUCCUGGCCGGCCAACACUCCUUGAAGUACAACUUGGGCUUCCCCGCCAGUAACGGUCCCACUCCAGAGACUCUGAAGAACUACCUGGAUGCUCAGUACUACGGAGAGAUCGGUCUGGGAAGUCCUCCUCAGCUCUUCACCGUGGUGUUUGACACCGGCUCGUCCAACCUGUGGGUUCCCUCCGUUCACUGCUCCCUGCUGGACAUCGCCUGCUUGCUUCACCACAAAUAUAACUCGGCUAAGUCCAGCACAUACGUGAAGAACGGGACGUCGUUCGCCAUCCAGUAUGGCUCUGGCAGUCUGUCAGGAUACCUCAGUCAGGAUACGUGCACGAUCGGCGACAUCUCCGUGGAGAAGCAGCUGUUCGGUGAAGCCAUCAAGCAGCCCGGCGUGGCCUUCAUCGCCGCCAAGUUCGACGGGAUCCUCGGCAUGGCGUACCCCCGGAUCUCCGUGGACGGCGUGGCUCCUGUGUUUGACAACAUCAUGAGCCAGAAGAAGGUGGAGCAGAACGUCUUCUCCUUCUACCUGAACAGGAACCCGGACACCGAGCCAGGAGGUGAGCUGCUGCUGGGAGGAACCGACCCAAAGUACUACACCGGAGACUUCCACUACGUCAACAUUUCCCGACAGGCCUACUGGCAGAUCCACAUGGACGGGAUGAGCAUCGGCAGCCAGCUGAAUCUGUGUAAAGGCGGCUGUGAGGCCAUCGUGGACACGGGGACGUCUCUGAUCACCGGCCCUGCAGCCGAGGUCAAAUCUCUGCAGAAAGCCAUCGGCGCUCUUCCACUCAUCCAGGGAGAGUACAUGGUUCCCUGUGAAAAGGUCCCAACUCUGCCAGUCAUCACCUUCAACGUUGGCGGACUGACCUACAGUCUGACCGGAGAGCAGUACAUCCUCAAGGUUACUCAGGCUGGGAAGACCAUGUGUCUGAGCGGAUUCAUGGGUCUGGACAUCCCUCCCCCCGCCGGGCCGCUGUGGAUCCUGGGAGACGUGUUCAUCGGUCAGUACUACACCGUGUUCGACCGCCAAAACAACCGGGUGGGCUUCGCUAAAUCCAAGUAAACGACGCAUCGAGGAUGCAGGCUGAGCGCCACGCUCCAGAUCUGAGCUGCUGGUUUUCUUUUCUCUGAUCAAAACGUACCUAACCAUAGACUUUAGAACAAACCUGCACUGAUGUGAAGAGUCUGGACCGGUUCUGACAAAAGGUGCAGCAGAACGGGGAUUUGAUGAGAUGGUUCUGCUUUUAGAAAACAUCCAAGUAAUUUUUUUUUUUUUUUUUUUUUUUUUU